UGCAUCACCCAGAUGUACUUUUUCAUUGUGUUUGUUACCACUGGAAACUUCCUCUUGGGGGUUAUGGCUUAUGACCGCUUUGUGGCUAUCUGCCACCCUCUGAACUAUAUGACCAUCAUGCAGUCCAGGCUCUGUGCUUUGCUGACAGGCAUCCCAUGGGUCCUCGGUAAUGUUGUUGCCAUGACUCACACCUUUAUGCUCAUUCAGUUGGUCUUCUGUGACAAAAACAUUAUCCCACACUUCCUCUGUGACCUGGCCCCUCUGCUCAAACUGUCCUGCUCAGAUACAAUGGUAAAUGAGCUUGUGUUAUUUGUCCUGGGCUUGUCUGUCAUCACCUUUCCCUUUAUCCUGAUCCUCUUCUCCUACAUCCGCAUCGUUAGCGCUGUCCUGAGAAUCUCAUCCACAGAGGGAAAAUGGAAAGUCUUCUCCACCUGUGGCUCUCACCUGACGGUUGUAUUACUUUUCUAUGGGACCAUUGUAGGGGUUUACUUCUUCCCCUCAUCUGCUCAACCUGAUGACAGGGAUAAGAUUGGUGCAGUCCUGUUCACUGUGGUGACCCCCAUGCUGAACCCCUUCAUCUAUAGCCUGAGGAAUAAGGAUAUUAAGAGUGCCCUGAGAAAGAUCCUCAAUAGAAAAGGGUUUCUCCCUUUAAUGCCUUGGGCUUCUAAAUCCCUUUUGCACCCAUAA